AUGCUUCCCUUCCUCCUAUACCUUCUACUUCCAGUUUUAAUCCAAUCCUGCUUGGUUAUUAGAUACACUGAGCCGCCAAAAUGCGAAUGUCAAUGGGUUUCACUGAACAAAACAAACAUUCAAAGUUUUGUGAGCGAAAAUCCAUUUUAUACCAAGAAUGUUUCUUUAUAUUGGUUGGAUGGUUCGUCCCCUCCCGUCUCCACUCAAGAUGACUGUUCUUUAUCAAUUUAUUGUGUCACCGAGGGAGACAGUCUUGUUGUUAUGACCAAGACAUUUGCUAUUUUGUUUGACGCCUACUCUGCGGACGCCCUUUGUAACCCUUAUACUCAAAAGUGGCAAGUGGAUAAUGGGGCGGAGCUUGUUACCUAUGAUGAGUUGUACGCAGUUUGCGUGGAUUACAGAACAUACACCACAGGUCCUCCGCCAACAUUCGAAACAACCGGAACACCGCCACCAGAGAUUAUUCCGUUCAGAAGUGCAGUUAAUAAGGUUUUGAGUUGGUUUUGGUAA